UCUUCUAAAGGAGAGAUUAGGCACAUCAGUUAGAAGUGCACUCAAUGAGCAGCUGAAUAAGAUACAAUGGAAGCACACGAUGGAACUAGAACUGAUUGAUGAUGUUAGGAGUUUCCUAAAACAGAGGUCUCAAAUUGAAAAGGACUAUUCUCAAGCUAUACAGAAGCUUGUGUCUCAGUUUUCUUCAAAGCGUGAUUUUAAAGCCCCACCAACCGUACCUAACUUUGAUCGACUAGAAAACAGAGGUAUAUUAGAAAUGUGGAAGUCCUUGCUUGAUAAAACUGACGAAAUGGGAAAGAGAAAAGGUAACGUGGGUGACCUGCUUUGUGGGAGCCUCAGCGAAGAACUUAAAAAGCUCAAGAGGGUUAAGGAACAAAAUUUCAAGAGACAAGCAGAAAUAUUCCAAUUAAUGAUCAGCGAAGUCUUGGAGAGUGUUAAAGAGCUUACCAAUGCUAAGAAGCUGUAUCACGAGAAAUGGAAAAUGUGCGAAGAUUCGAGACAGAAAUAUCGUGAUGUGGAUGACAGGCUACGCAGCUGCAACUUAAAGAUGUUUGAAUCAAAGUCAACUCUUGAGAAAACGCACAAAAAAAACACUGAUAAGUUGAAGCAGGCGCAAAAACAGCUAGUUGUACAGCGGAAUGAGUAUUUAUUGACGGUAGCAGAAACUAACACUCACCUUGACAAGCACUUCGAAACUGACCUCACAGAAAUGCUUAAGAUUGUUGAUGGUGAGUUGUAUGAUAUAAUGAGAAACUCGUACACACUUUUCGCUCAAAUUGAAAUGGACAGCUGCAACGCCAUUAGGGCGGAGUUUGAAGACCUCAGGGAACAAGUAGCACUCGUAAGAAAGAGGGAGGGGCAAUGGAC